CUGACGGGUUGAGCCUGCCUCAGCCGUCCCUAGGGCCCGGGUUCCUCGACCGCUGGCUCAGCCCCGCGGCGCCCCGCCCGCCCCCCGCUCCCUGCGCCUGGGCAGGAAUAAAAGAUGAACAAACCUAUAACAGCAUCAACAUAUGUGCGCUGCCUCAAUCUUGGACUAAUUAGAAAGCUGUCAGAUUUUAUUGAUCCUCAAGAAGGAUGGAAGAAGUUAGCAGUUGCUAUUAAAAAACCAUCUGGUGAUGAUAGAUACAAUCAGUUUCACAUAAGGAGAUUUGAAGCAUUACUUCAAACUGGAAAAAGUCCCACUUGUGAAUUACUGUUUGACUGGGGCACCACAAAUUGCACAGUUGGUGAUCUCGUGGAUCUUUUGGUCCAAAAUGAAUUUUUUGCCCCUGCAAGUCUUUUGCUACCAGAUGCUGUUCCCAAAACUAUUAAUACACUGCCUUCUAAAGUUACUGUAACAGUUCAGCAGAAACAUAUGCCCCUCUAUGGCAAAGACAGGACACCUGUGAUAUCUGAUGAGAAUACUGAACAAAACUAUACACCACCUGACUCCUCGUGUCCAGAAAAUAGAAGUUUAGAAGUUACUGAUACACGUUUUCACAGUUUUUCAUAUUAUGAAUUGAAGGAUGUCACAAAUAACUUUGAUGAACGACCCCUUUCUGUCGGUGGUAACAAGAUGGGAGAGGGAGGCUUUGGAGUUGUGUAUAAAGGCUAUGUGAACAACAGGACUGUAGCAGUGAAGAAGCUUGCAGCAAUGGUUGACAUUAGUACUGAAGAACUGAAACAACAGUUUGAUCAAGAAAUAAAAGUAAUGGCAAAGUGUCAACAUGAAAACUUAGUAGAACUACUUGGUUUCUCAAGUGAUGGAGAUGACCUCUGCUUAGUGUAUGUUUACAUGCCCAAUGGUUCAUUGCUAGACAGACUGUCUUGCUUGGAUGAUACUCCACCACUCUCUUGGUGCAUAAGAUGCAAGAUUGCUCAGGGUGCAGCUAAUGGCCUCAGUUAUUUACAUGAAAACCAUCAUAUUCAUAGAGAUAUUAAAAGUGCAAAUAUCUUACUAGACGAAGACUUUACAGCCAAAAUAUCUGACUUUGGGCUUGCACGGGCUUCUGAGAAGUUUGCCCAAACAGUCCUGACAAGCAGAAUUGUGGGAACAACAGCUUAUAUGGCACCAGAAGCUUUGCGAGGAGAAAUAACAGCCAAAUCUGACAUCUACAGCUUUGGUGUGGUUUUACUAGAAAUAAUAACUGGACUUCCAGCUGUGGAUGAACACCGUGAACCUCAGUUAUUGCUGGAUAUUAAAGAAGAAAUUGAAGAUGAAGAAAAGACAAUUGAAGAUUAUAUUGAUACAAAGAUGAAUGACAUUGAUCCCACUUCCAUUGAAACUAUGUACUCUGUUGCCAGUCAAUGUCUGCAUGAAAAGAAAAAUAAAAGACCAGACAUUAAGAAGGUUCAACAACUGCUGCAAGAAAUCACAGCUUCUUAAAACUUUACUGGAAUAGACUCUUGGGUUUUUAUAUACAGCUAUCUAAAUCAUUUUUUAAACUAAGAUUUUUUUGUAAGCAUUCUUCUUUACCUUUGACAAGGCAGCAUGAUGAAGUGCAGUGGUCAUUAAAGCUUGUGUAGGAGCCCCAAUAUAUAGAACAAACAAAAGUAGAGCCACUGUAGCAACACUUAGCCCUACUUUCACUCUGAGGUCUUACCGUAAUCCCUGAGAUCUCCUUGGAACCUUACCAAACACAGUAUGGAAACUCAGAAUUAACAAAAAAGAGGACUGAACUGUAGGGUGAAAAGACCCUGGGCUGAAGCCUGACUCCACUACUAAUUUUCUGUAAAGCUUUGGGCAACCUCUUAGCUGCUUUGAACCUUGGUUUUUUCACCUGUAACGUUGGACUAAUUAUCUACUGUGCCUCUCUGACAGGUAGUCAUGAAAAUCAAGUGAUGCAGAAUAUGUACAGGCACUUUGUAACUUGUAAAGUGAUAUAAAUGAUUAUAAAAUCCUAUUACAGUCAUUUGUUUAUAGGGUCAUGUUCACAGUGUGCUAUUUUAAGCAAUCAUUCACCAUAAGCCAGUUAUGCCCUGAUGAUACUCCCAUGAUGAUAUGGCCAUUGUUAGAUUAUGUUGUAUGGGAAAUUUGAAAGCAUUUUGCAGAUGCAGUUACAGUCCCUCAUCAGCUGACUUUGACUGUCAAUAAGGAGAUGCUGCUUUGGGGGCUGGACCUAAUAAGGUGAGCUUAGAAGAGCUUACAAGAAGUCCGAGAGAUUCUCCUGUAGGCCUUGAGGUAAGCUACCAUGUUGUAGGAAGGCCACAUUGGCUAAGAUCUAUGGGUGGCCUUUAGGAGAUGAAAGCUACCUUCCAGCUAUCAGCCAGCAAGACAAAAUUGGAACCUUCGUUGUACAGCCUCAAGAAACUGAAUUCUUCCAACAACCUAAAUUAGCUUAAAAGAGUGCUCCAAACUUCAGAUGAUACCAUAGCCCCCGCUGACACCUAAAUUUCGGCCUUGUGAGAACCUCAGUAGCAAACAUGGACUUCUGUGCCUGGACAUGCAGAAUUGUGAGAUAAUAAAUAAGUUGCUAUAAGCCACCAAGUUUGUGGUAAUUUUUUAUGCAGCAAUAGAAAAUGAAUACAGAUAUUCUCAUGAUGAUUCUCCAACAGGGAUACCCCAUCAUGUUCACAGGUUCUGUCCACAAUACCAAGUAUCUGCAAUUAUUCAUUCAUUCAAUAAUCUUGGUAUCAUUAGUUCUUUCAUUAACACACUCAAAACAAGAGUAUGUAGAGUGAGCUAUAGUAGAAGAUGAUCAUCCUCUAUAUUGUACUGUUUAGACCUUCCUAAAUGCUUUCUUGGGAAACAGAGAUAGUAUUGUUUUCAAAUCACCUUUAUAAACUAAGCAUUUAAGCAAAAAACAUUUGCUAGUUGAAAAGCAAAAUAAAUAAAAUGACUUGGUCACAUUAAUCUCAACAGGAACUCACAUAAUUUGAGGCACAGUAUGGCUUAUAACCCUGAAAAUAAUAAUGUUAUUUUAAAAUAUAAUGAGGGACUUCCCUGGUGGUCCAGUGGUUAAAACUCCAUGCUCCCAAUGCAGGGGACACGGGUUCGAUCCCUGGUUGGGGAACUAAGAUCCCUCAUGCCCCGUGGCAUGGCCAAAUAAAAUAAAAUUAUUAAAAAAAAUUUUUUUAAUAAAAUAUAAUGGGGCUUCCCUGGUGGCGUGGGGCGGCCCAUGAGUUAACUAUUACUUGAAAUAAAAGCAUAUAUGUAAAAUGCCAUGGAUGUAGCUGUGGUUAUGGUCUGUGACCAAACCAUAUUAAAAAUUUUUAAAUGAGUAACCUGUUUCAUUGAUUUUGAAAAUUUCACAGUAUAAUUUGGUAGAUGUUUCCAUUCCAUCAAAUGGAAUUGAUAUCAGACUUUCCAAAAUUAGGCAUGGCUUCUCUCUCAGGAUAAGACUGUACCUUAACUCUUUUGAGAGCCACAAUACAGUCAAUCCAAGAUUCCAAAGCAAGAUUCCAUACGGUUUCAUGCCUGAUGGUGUGUGAUGCAUCGUGGACCCUUGAACUUGUGUGACUCACUUAACUCUAGGAAUGAACAGCAGGGGGGUUGCCCUCAGCUUGCAGCUGAGCAGGACUUGACUAAAGUUCUGAGGACAAUAAUGUACAGGCUCUUUUCACUGUUUCCUCAAGGCAGAAUUUAAUGGCCUGUGGCAUGGAUCGAGAAAAUAUGAGAAAUGAUUAACAAGGACCUAGAAGAACUAAAAAACAAACAGUGAUGGACAACACAAUGAAUGAAAUGAAAAAUACACUAGAAGGAAUCAAUAGCAAAAUAACUGAGACAGAAGAAUUAAUAAGUGAGCUGGAAGACAGAAUGGUGGAAAUGACUGCCAAGGAGCAGAAUAAUUAAAAAAGAAUGAAAACAGGGCUUCCCUGGUGGCACAGUGGUUGAGAGUCCGCCUGCCGAUGUAGGGGACACGGGUUCGUGCCCCAGUCUGGGAGGAUCCCAAAUGCCACGGAGCGGCUGGGCCCGUGAGCCAUGGCCACUGAGCCUGCACGUCCGGAGCCUGUGCUCCACAACGGGAGAGGCCACAACAGUGAGAGGCCCGCGUACAGCAAAAAAAAAAAAAAAGAAUGAAAAGAAAUGAGGACAGUCUCAGAGACCUCUGAGACAACAUUAAAUGAACCAACAUUUGAAUUAUGUGUCCCAGAAGAAGAAGACAAAGAGAAAGGGUCUGAGAAAAUAUCUGAUGAGAUUACAGUCAAAAACCCCAUAACAUGGGAAAGGAAAUAGCCAUCCAAGCUCAGGAAGCACAGAGAGUCCCAUACAGGAUAAAUGCAAGGAGAAACACACCAAAGCACAUAUUAAUUAAACUAACAAAAAUUAAAUUCAAAGAGAAACAUUGAAAGCAGCAAGGAAAAAGGAAAAAAUAACAUACAAGGGAAUCCCCAUAAAGUUAUCAGCUGAUCUUUCCGCAGAAACUCUGCAGGCCAGAAGGGAGUGGCAGGAUAUAAUUAAAGGAAUGAAAGGGAAAAACCUAUAACCAAGAUUACUCCACCCAGCAAGGAUCUCAUUCAGAUCUGACAGAGAAAUCAAAAGCUUUACAAGCAAGCAAAAGCUAAGAGAAUUCAGCACCACCAAAUCAGCCUUACAACAAAUGCUAAAGGAACUUCUCUAGGUAGGAAACACAAGAGAAAAAAAAAAGACCUACAAAAACAAACCCAAAACAAUAAAGAAAAUGGUAAUAGGAACAUACAUAUCGAUAAUUACCUUAAAUGCAAAUGGCAUAGAUGUUCCAACCAACAGACACGGACUGAUUGAAUAGAAACAAAAACAAGACUCAUAUAUAUGCUAUCUCCAAGAGACCCACUUCAGACCUAGAGACACAUAUAGACUGAAAGUGAGGGGAUGGAAGAAUAUAUUCCAUGCAAAUGGAAAUGAAAAGUAAGCUGGAGUAGCAAUACUUAUAUCAGACAAAAUAGACUUUAAAAUAAAGACUGUUACAAGAGAUAAGGAAGGACACUAUGUAAUGAUCAAGGGAUCAAUCCAAACAGAAGAUAUAACAAUUGUAAAUAUUUAUGCACCCAACAUAGGAGCACCUCAAUACAUAAGGCAAAUGCUAACAGCCAUAAAAGGGGAAAUCGACCGUAACACAAUCAUUGUAGGGGACUUUAACACCCCAUUUUCACCAAUGGACAGAUCAUCCAAACUGAAAAUAUAUAAGAAAACACAAGCUUUAAAUGACAUUAAACAAGAUGCACUUAAUUGAUAUUUGUAGGACAUUCCAUGCAAAAACAACAGAAUACACUUUCUUCUCAAGUGCUCAUGGAACAUUCUCCAGGAUAGAUCACAUCUUGGGUCACAAAUCAAGCCUCGGUAAACUUAAGAAAAUUUAAAUUGUAUCAAGCAUAUUUUCUGACCACAACGCUAUGAAAUUAGAAAGCAAUUACAGGAAAAAUAGUGUAAAAAACACAAACAGUGGGCUUCCCUGGUGGUGCAGUGGUUGAGAGUCUGCCUGC